AUGUUUCUUUACCAGCUGCUCACCUUUUUCUUUGUAGCCUCCAAAAAGGAAGAGGAGGAGGACUCUAAAUAUGACCUGUCGCUUUACAAUCGUGGUGAUUUAUUAGAAGUCCCCAGGACAUUAUUCACACAUUUUGGUAUCUACCUGGGUGACAAUCGUGUGGCUCAUCUCAUUCCGGACAUCCUGCCUGUGAUUUCCAAGAAUAAAUCUGCAAUUGCCAAGAUGGUAACAAAUAACCGCCUGGUGCUGGGGGUAAUCGCUAAGGCUGCCAGUGUCAGAGUGGACUCUGUGGUAGAUUUUGCGUAUGGAUCAGAGAUUCUGAUCAACCACAUGGAUAAUGUAUGCAGCCAGCCACCUUUGGACAGCGACGAGGUGGCCAGAAGGGCUGAGAAACUCCUCGGCUCUGUCAACUACAGCUUACUGUGGUACAACUGCGAACACUACGUCAUGUACUGCAGAUAUGGCAUGGCCAUCAGCUACCAGACAUACCAGUUCUGCACAGCAGUACGGAAGAUUUUUUGCAGCAGGAUGUGUUCCUAUUUGACCGCACUAUGUGGUGUAGGAAUCAUGCUGUAUCUGGGCUGUGUGACACCACUGACAGUUUUACCGACCGUGUUGAUCUCAUUCACCAUCUGGAUGGCAGCCUAGCGGCCUCUGGAGGGACGGCUCAUGAGAAAAGACUUUAAUUUAACACAUCGAUGGAAACUGCAAUGAAGUUCUGUGGGUUAACUGUGUGGCUAAAGACAUUUUUUUAUUUAUAUGUUAACUAACAUUUCAUUUUUCUUUGCCUUGAUAAUUUUCUCUUAACAGUUACACUAUUAUAAAACGUUCUUUGUUAGAUGUCUAAUUUUGUAUGUUAUUCAUAAUUAAUGUUCACCCAGCUCAACAUUAAUCUCAUUUAACAGUAGCGGCUCAUAGAUUAUAAAAAGGACUGUGACUCAGCAUAGUGGUAAACUCUUGAAGACUGAGAUAAAGCUCAACGGAAAUAUCUGGAAAGAACAGACUUGACUUUGGCUACAUGAUGAUGCAGAUGAAUGUUGUAGGAAUGUUUCAUUGUCUGUCAGCAGUGCGAUACAAUACUUAUAAUAUGCUCUAGUUAAAAAGCUGGCUUGGACAAAGUGCAAUAAGUUUCUUCUUAAUGGAUUACUUUUGAUUUAUCAUACAUAUGUCUUUGACAGUCCAUUAAACAUACUACCAGUUGUGUUUCUUGUCUGAAACAUCAAAUACUUUUAUUGUCUCUGCUGCAAUCAAAGUUGGCUUCAUACAUUCCCUGUAUUGUGAAUGAUGAGAAAAAGCAUUUGAACAGCAAUAAGAAUAACAUUGUAGAAUUCAGAGCAAGUUAUCCCACUAAUAUAUCAACUGAACCCAGGAGAUACUUGGUCAGUAAC